AGCCAAAAGUUUAUUAUGAGUCAUUCUAAGAAACCUAAAAUCAAUCCCAACCGGAUCAACAAGCGUAUUUUUUCUAUAGAUUUUGUUUUUAAAAUAUAGGAAGUGUUUUGAAAGUGGUGAAGUUUUUAUUUGAAGACAAGAAGGAAAUGAGACGAGCUCAACAGUCCAUGCCCUGAGAAGAUGAAAGAGAGGAAGAGAGGAAGAGAACAGCUGCAGCAAAGAAAUCUGGAAGACAGGCAGAGCAAUUCAAGAACACUCCCAGAAACCCCACAUAAAUCGCAGCCAAGAUAAUUUUGCGGACAAGAUAAUGCAAUUUUGAAAGGGUUUAGAAACUUUGCUUCACAGGGUUUAUGAACUUAAUGCAAGUAUUAGGCAUAUGGACUCUUUGGCAAGAAAUCGAAGCACCAAAGCUGAAAACUCCAAAAUGGAAGAAUCUGGGGGCCAAACUUCAGAAGAGCCUGCAACUAAGUUUCAAGCAGAUGAAAUUCAUCCCCUUUUGGGGAAACCAUACUUUCAUGUGGUUCUUGUAAAAUCACAUUUGAAUCAAAUGGUGCUUCCUACCAAAAUGCAUCCAUCAGUUCCUUCUGCUGUGAUUCCUGCAGUUCUUGUCCAUCAGGACAAGAGAUGGGAGAUGACUUUUAAUGGAGAUCACCGUACCCACAAACGGUUUGAUAUUGGCUGGAGAACAUUUGUCAAUGACAACAACCUGAAAGCUGGAGAUGCAUGUGUAUUUGAACUCAUGGAGUGCAAUACUAGCAAUAUCAAGUUCAGAGUUCAAAUUCUCAGAGGUGAUAUCCCAUCUAUGUUGUUAGACAGGGCAAAUGGUGAAACUUCAGAUACUGCUAUUGUCAUUGAGUAGACUUUCCCCUAUAAGAACUGUUCCUGGAAUUUUUUAUUUCCUGUACAUUUACCAGUCGGGAGCUAGGUUAGAUAUUUGAAACUCCAGUAGAUACUGAUGUGCAUCUGUUGUUUGCAUAUGUGGUUGUCUUAAUCAGAAAUGUCUCAUCAUUCAUAUUCAUCCA